CCAAACAAAUCAAACAGAAGGGCUUCGCUUCUCUUAUGGGUAUUACUUCUCUGAGAUGUCCUUUUCCCUCACUCUAGAGCAGCUUCUCGCCUGCGGGGAUUUUCCUUUCCAGCGAAGGGGAGAAGAGGAUCAACUCGACGAGCCAAGGAAGAGAAUGACCAUGAGCGAGAGCAGCUGCGGUGACGACCAUGAGGCUAGAACCCAUGGCCCUAAUCCCAAGAAGCGUGCUGAGACCUGGGUCCAGGAAGAAACCCUUUGUCUCAUCGCCCUACGCCGCGAGAUGGAUCGUCUCUUUAACACUUCGAAGUCCAACAAACACUUAUGGGAGCAGAUCUCUGCGAAGAUGAGGGAGAAAGGCUUCGAGCGGUCCCCAACCAUGUGUACUGAUAAGUGGAGGAACUUACUGAAGGAGUACAAGAAGGCGAAGCACCAUAGUAGAGUCAGUGGAGGAACAGGAGGGGGCGGUGGCGGGGGGUUAGCGAAAACGGCAUGUUUUAAGGAGCUUGAGGAGUUGCUUAAGGAGCGUGGUCAUAAGAAUUUAGCUUGCAAGGGUUGCGUUUCGUUGAAGAGGGUUGACUCCUUCUUGCAGUUCGCGGAAAAAGGUCUUGAAGAUGUCAAUCUUCUCUUUGGACCCACAGAAGCUACUGGUAGGUCGGUUCUCCAUCAAGAUAGGCAUUUGGAUCAUGAGAGAGAUUCUCUUGCCAUUACAGCAGUAGAUACUGUUACACCUAAUGGUAUUCCUCCAUGGAACUGGAAAGAUAACUCCGCAAAUGGUGAGGAUAAUCAUUCAUCGUAUGUUGGAAGAGUUAUUUUAGUUAAAUUUGGGGAAUACAGCCGAAAGAUAGGCAUUGAUGGCACUAGUGAGUCAAUAAAAGAGGCUAUUAAGGCUGCUUUUGGAUUGAGGACAAGGAGGGCAUUCUGGCUGGAAGAUGAAGAUGAGGUAGUUCGUAGCCUUGACAGAGACAUGCCCCUGGGUACAUAUACUGUUCAUCUUGAUGAAGGAGUAACUUUCAAAUUCUGUGUGUAUGAUGAAAGCGAUCGGUUAUCAGUCCGUACUGAAGAAAAGACGCUCUACACACAAGAAGAUUUCCAUGAAUUUCUGACUCGUCGCUGUUGGACUAGCCUCAGAGAGAUCAACUCCUUGAGAACUGCAGAUACUUUGGAUGAUCUUCAACCUGGAGCCGUGUAUCAAGGGCUGCCUGUUACAAGAGCAAUCUGACCUUGGGUAGCCAUCCCCAGUCUGAUCUAUAAUAGAAAACCAAAACAGGUUUCUCAUGUUCCUCACCAUUUUUUAGGGCGUUAGGUUUCUUCGGGAGCUGAAUUUAAUCGUGCUUUGCUGGGAUCUGCAAAUGCUCCAAUUACAGCAGUCACGCUUCAUAUCAUUCCGGUAACUCAAAUCUGGAUCUGCUCCUUGUAUCCCUGCAUGAGAAAAAAAAUAUCAGUUGAGUAAACUAUUGUAUAUAAUAUUUUUCUGGAUGAUGUUUUUGGCUGUAAAAUUAUUAUUAUGUUUUACACCAGCACUGUUGCGUAGAAGCACUGAGAAAAAAUGUUCAAAUAAUAUUCAGGAUUAAGCUAAUGAAGAAAUUGUAAACUCGGUGCUACUGCGUUACAGAUAAAUAUUAGGAGUUUUAGUUUGCCAGUCCAUUGUGUUUGCUGGCAAGGUUUGAGUGUGUGGCACUUGUACGUCGAUGGUGAAUGCAACCAGCUGAGAUUUAUGUAUUAGCUUCCCGAGUCUCCACUAAUGCAUUAUUUAAGACAUCCCUAUCAUUGCUUAAGCCUAUACUGUUUGAUUUACA